GAACCUCACAAACGAAGCAGAGUUUCAGUCUCAGAGAACCCAAAGCGACACCGUUCACCGUCGUUUCGAGAUGGACACAGAUCUGAAGUCGGCGAAGUCCGCUUACCGGAACGCCAAGGCGGAGGGCAACCACCAGGAGGAGGCGCGGUGGGCCAAUGUCAUCGGCGACAUAUACAAGAACAGAGGAGAGUACACUGAAGCCCUCACCUGGCUCAAAGUCGAUUACCGCAUUUCGUUGAAGCACUUGACCGAGAAGCACUUGCUCCCAACCUGUCAAUCCCUCGGUGAGAUCUAUCUCCGCCUCGAACGCUUCUCCGAUGCCCUAACUUACCAGAAAAAGCAUUUAGAUCUUGCGAAGGAGGCUAGUGACCUAGUUGAGCAGCAGAGAGCAAGCACGCAGCUCGGUCGAACGUAUCUUGAAUUGUUUACUAAAUCGGAGUAUGAUCAUCAUUCGAUUCGGAAAGCUAAGAAGUAUUUCAAGAGUGCAAUGGAUUUGGCCAUGACUUUGAAAGAGAAUCGGCCGAAUAACAAGUCAUACCUCAAGGAAUACAUUGAUGCUCACAACAACAUGGGCAUGCUGGAAGUAGAACUGGAAAAUUGGCAUGAUGCAAUGUCAAUUUUGGUUAAAGGUUUGAAAAUUUGUGAUGAAGAGGAGAUUAGUGAUAAUGAUGAUGGGCGCAGCAGGCUCCAUCAUAACCUUGGGCGCGUGUAUAUGGAAUUGAGGGCUUGGGAUAAAGCUCGGAAACACAUGGAGAAAGACAUUCAUAUUUGUAAUAGAAUUGGGCAUCGGCAAGGAGAAGCAAAAGGGUAUAUUAAUCUCGGUGAAAUGCAUUAUAGGAUACAAAUGUAUGAGGAAGCAAAUUCUUAUUAUGAGAAGGCGCUUACUUUGGUAAGAAUAUUGGAGGAUGAAGAGGCUUUAAUGGAGCAAUGUAACGAGAAUAUUAAGAUAGUGAAAGAAGCUGUGAAAGUAAUGAAAGCAAUAACGAGAGAAGAACAAAACUUGAAAAAACUGAAAAGAGAUAAAACAAAUGCAAGAGGAACACCGGAUGAACAGAAAUUUUUAGUGCUGCAAAAUGAGACACUUGACCGACUCAUUGAGAAAGCAGGGAUGAUAUUUGCGUGGGAGAAGCAUUGUGAAUUUGCAAAGGAGAAGAAGAAAAUAGCAAAAGAACUUUAUAAUGAGGAAAGACUGGGUGAUUCAUAUCUCAACAUUGGAGAAUCAUACCAGAAGCUUAGAAAGUUUAACAAAGCAAUCAAAUGGUACAAAAAGAGUUGGGAACAAUUCAUACAGCAUGCUAACUUAGAGGGGCAAGCUCUUGUGAAAAUUAAUAUUGGUAAUAUUUUGGAUUCUACUCAAAAUUGGAGAGGAGCAUUGGAUGCAUACCAAGACAGUUACAGAAUUGCUGUUGAGGCAAAGCUUCCUGAUGUACAGAUUAAUGCCUUGGAAAAUAUGCAUUAUAGCAACAUGAUCAGAUUUGAUAAUGAGGAUGAGACCUGGAGGUUGAAACUUCUAAUUGAUAAGCUGAAGAAACCAGAAGAAGAGCCAGAAGCUAAAACUAUGCCAGAGGAUCGUUGCUCUGAGACUGAUACUGAAGCAGAUCAUCUGUCAGAUGGUGGGUCUGAUGAUUUCUGCAUUCCAAAGACAAUUUCUAGGUCAAAAUCUCGGACUACUGGAGAAGAGUUUACAGAUGACGUGCCUCUAAUGUCAAUAUAUCAGUCCAUAAAAGGCUCAUCCAAAAAGAACACAGACCAUAUGGAUAGUCUUACCAACUCUUCCAAGCAAGCUCAGCUGUCACCCAAAAGUAUGACAAAUCUAACCAGCAGCCAUCAGACGGCAAACAACCGUAAACGUGUUCUAGUUAUUUCUGAUGAUGAGGAGGAGUAUUUGAGCAGAAAGGAUCAUAAAUGCCUGAUAGAGGACUUCCCCACUUCUGAUGCAAUUAUUAAUAAAGCCAGUCCUCGUAAAGUUCAGGUUGUCUCUGAAUAUAGAUCCAAAUAUCCAAUUAAUGUUGAAGAAAGUAGUAGUUCUUUCAAAUGCUCUAGUCCAAUCACAGCCGCUAAAUCUAGCAGACAUUCUGGAUCUUUGAGUAAUGAUAUAAUUGCUGAAGCGGAUUUUCCUAGUGGUUCUAAAUGUGACAUAGAUUCCUCAGGCAAAUAUAAGGGUGUUGCCCAUCCCUUGGUGCAAUAUCCCCAAAAUGAUUUGCAGCAACAUAUUACAUGCCGGAUUGGGAAUGAUCUGAUUCACGUAGAAGCAGCCUUGUGUACUGCUGAUGAUCAGUUGAAUAUUGACUUGUUAAAAGCUGUAGUUCCAUGUUUAUACUAUCUACAACUUCCAGCAGAAAAGAGAUCAGAGGGUUUGUUGCCCAUAAUACAGCACAUAAAAUGUGCUGGAAGAGAUCUAGAAUCCUUGGAACCUAUUGAAAAGCUUAAGGAACAUCUGGGAAAUGACACAUUUGAAGCUUCCAUUGAAGGAUGCGUCCAGAAGCGCCUAAUAAAAAUAUACGUAGACUGCUGCACGGAGUUGUCUAAGGUACCAAAUAUCAAGGUUCUGAAGAAACUUUAUAAUUUAGAGGUUUCGGAUGAUGAAAUCGUUGUGUCUGACUGCGACCUGCAAGAUUUGUCUAUAACACCAUUGAUAAAUGCACUGCAAUCUCAAAAGGAAUUUGCAAUGCUUGAUAUCUCUCACAAUCUGUUAGGAAAUGGGGUGAUGGAAAAACUUAAGAAGGUGUUCAGUGCAUUGAACCAAUCUUACGGUGGCUUAACUUUGGAUUUGCAUUGCAAUCGAUUUGGCCCAACAGCUCUGUUUCAGAUUAGCGAAUGCUCAGCAUUAUUUACCCGACUAGGAGUCCUUAACAUUUCUGGAAACCGUCUUACUGAUGCAUGUAGAUCUUAUCUUUUGACAAUCUUAAAAAGUUGUACAGCUCUUUAUAGCUUGAACGUAGAGAACUGCUGUAUCACGUCAAAAACUAUUCAAGAAAUGGCUGAUGCAUUGGACCCUGAAUCUGUUCUUGCGCAUCUUUGUAUAGGUCACAACAGCCCUGUAUCCGUAAAUGUUUUAGUUAAUCUUCUGUCCAAGCUUUCUACUUUGAAAAGGUUUUCUGAGUUGAAUAUGAGGGGUUUAAAACUAGGAAAACCAGUUGUCCAUAGCCUUUGCCAGUUAGCUGGGACCUUGACUUUAUCAGGACUGGUACUUGGAGGCACGGGUAUUGGAACUGAAGGGGCUAUAGAAUUAGCAGAAUCAUUGGUCAAAGGGACAGAAGAGCUUGUGAAACUUGAUCAAUCAUAUUGUGGGCUAACAUCUAAAUAUAUUUUAAACACCAAUGUUAACUUUCUUUGUUCCAUUGUUGACCUGAACUUGGAAGGAAAUCCUCUUAUGCGCGAGGGCAGCAACACUCUAUUUUCUCUUCUCACAAACACACAGUGCAGUCUCAAAGUUUUGGUCCUUAGAAAGUGUAAACUUGGGUGUGAUGGAGUUCUUCACAUAAUUGAGGCACUGGCAGAUAACAGCUGCUUGGAGGAGCUUGAUCUUGCUGAUAAUUCUGUUCCAAAUGAACUUUCUGCUCUGCAAAAUGAUUUAUCAGUUAGAAGAUGCUCACAAAACCAGGACCAGAAACUUGAUAAUAUGAAAGUGGAUGAUCAUCAAGAGGUCAUUUGCUCUCUAAACACUGUCUGCAAUCAGCUGGAAGUUGCUGAUAGUGAAGAUGAAGAAACUCCUUUCAGAGUAGAAGGUACUGCUUCUGGAAUUGAUGACAGCUGUGCCAGUUCAGGUCAAAGAAAUUCUUCAUCUCCUGAGUGCCAUUUCACUAAACAGCUUUCCAUUGCUAUCGGUAAGGCAAGGAGCUUAGAACUACUGGACCUUAGUAAUAAUGGUUUUUCUGCACAAGUGGCGGAAGCAUUCUAUGGUUCAUGGAAAACUCUACGACCCCUUUCAAGUCAGAAGCACAUCACUGGGAAAAUUAUCCAUUUAUCAACGAAUGAAAGGAGGUGCUGCGGAGUAAAACCAUGCUGCAAAAAGGAUUGAUUUGUAGCUCACAUGAGUAAGAGGGAAUUCUCCAGUCAAUGAUGUCAUUUUUUGUGAAUAAAAAGGGGUUGCUUAAUUAAUAAAUUUGUUCACAAUCAACAGUUGUAAUUUAUGCAUGUCAAUUGUAAGUAAGUAGUACAGGUCCUCUAGUUUCAUUUAUUAUGUAGAACACUGUUCUAAUGCAUCCAUCUCAAUUUCAUGUAUAUAAUACCAGUAAUGUUAUACUAUACUACUAUUUGAUGAUUA